AUGAGUUUGUUUGAGCUGAUCACAGUUGUUGUGCUGGGUGGGUCUCUCAGCGGUGUAAAAGAAAGAAAUCAGCGUAUCGAUAACCUGACUGGCCCUGAUUUCAGUGCUGAGGCGUCAUUGGUGAAAUGUUCGCUGCAGGGUACGCCUCGUCAACCUGCGUUCUCCGUGGACGGGGACUUUGUUAUCGGAGGUGCUUUCUUCAUCCACUACCAAGUGCAGACAGUGAUCAAUAACUACACCACCAAGCCUGAGCUUCCAAUAUGCAAAGGGAGCUUCAACGCCCGGGGUCUGCGCUUCUCUCGCACAAUGGUCUUUGCAAUUGAGGAAAUAAACAACAGCACAGAGCUGCUGCCGGGCAUUAGACUGGGUUAUCAGAUAUUUGACACUUGCGCCUCUGUGCCUGAUGCCGUGCAUGUGGCAUUUCAGCUUUCAAACGGCCAGGAUCCCGUGUUUUACCAGGGAAACAACUGUUCAAAGUCUGGAGAGGUGAUGGCUGCUGUUGGAGACUCUGGAUCCACUCCCUCCAUCAGCAUCGUACGAAUUAUUGGGUCCUUUAAAAUCCCUCUGGUGAGCCACUUUGCCACCUGUGCCUGCCUUUCAGACAAACAGCAGUUCCCGACUUUUUUCAGAACGAUUCCCAGUGACCAUUACCAAGCUGCUGGAAUGGCCAAACUGGUGAAACACUUUGGCUGGACUUGGAUCGGAGCCGUCCAUGCAGACUCAGAUUAUGGAAACAAUGGCAUGGCUUCUUUCCUUGGCACAGCACUCAAAGAGGGGAUCUGUGUGGAGUACAUUGAAUCUUUCUAUCGAACUGACCCAAAGAACAAGAUAAAAAAAGUAGCUGACGCCAUCCGCAGAUCUACAGCCAAAGUAGUUUUGGCAUUUGCAGGUGGGGGUGACAUGAAAGUCCUCUUAGAGGAGCUGAGCAGAGAACCUACCCCACAUCGGCAGUGGAUCGGAAGUGAAGGCUGGACAACCGACCCAAACUUGAUGAGAUUCAGUUUCUGUGCAGGAGCCAUCGGAGUUGCCAUCCAGCAAUCUGUCAUCCCAGGUCUGAGGGACUUCCUGCUGGAUCUCUCUCCCUCUGAAGUGGCAGCUUCAUCAGUGCUGACUGAGUUCUGGGAGGAUGCAUUCAACUGCAGCCUGACAGAAACUGCUGAUCCACAUAAGGGAAGGUGUGACGGAACUGAAGAUAUUAAAACCCUUAAGAGCCCAUACACUGACACGUCUCAGUUAAGGAUUUCUAACAUGGUUUAUAAGGCUGUUUAUGCUGUAGCUCAUGCUAUUCACAAUGCAGCGUGUCAGGAAACUAACGGAACCACUCAGUGUGACAAACACAUGCGUCUAGAGCCUGAACAGGUUUUUAUUGAACUAAAGAAAGUAAACUUUUCCCAAAAUGGCUACCAUGUUUCAUUUGAUCCCAACGGAGAUUCUGUGGCUUUUUAUGAGCUGGUAAACUGGCAGAAAAGUGAGAGUGGAGUUAUUGAACUGGUAACAGUGGGAUAUUAUGAUGCUUCACUGCCAAAAGGCCAGGAGUUUCGUAUCAACAGGAAUAUUACCUGGAUGGAUGGUUACAAACAAGUACCAGUGUCUGUUUGCUCUGAGAGUUGUCCUCCAGGGACUCGUAAAGUGUUGCAGAAAGGCAGGCCCAUCUGUUGCUAUGUUUGCAUACCAUGUCCUGAAGGGGAGAUUAGCAACAUGUCUGAUUCCCCUGAUUGCUUCCCUUGUCCCAGAGAGUUCUGGCCAAAUGCAAAAAGAGAUGCUUGCAUCGCCAAACCUGUGGAGUUUCUUUCCUAUAAAGAAGUCCUGUCAAUCAUCCUGGCUGUAGUUUCCAUCAGUGGAGCCUGUCUGGCCAUCAUUACAGCAGUGAUUUUCUUCUUUCACAGGGCAACACCAAUUGUCAGAGCAAACAACUCUGAGCUGAUUUAA